UCUCUAUCUCCAUCUAUGUCUCUAUCUCUCUCUAGCACACAACCACAUGUACCUAGCUUGCUAGGGGUCAUCAACAGGCUCACCUUUCAAAGGAGCGGUGGGGUUUCUCCGGCACAGACCCACGAUUAUUCUGGUCGGAAACUCCUAAAAAUGGGGUCCUCUGACGAUCAGAAUUCGCCAUCGGAUACCCCACCAUCAUCGCCAACUCCUCCAUCUUCGUCGUCCUCAUCACCCUCUCCACCAUCAUCGGAUUCAGGUUCGGGUUCAAGCUCAGGUUCGAGUGGGGGUUCAGGUUCAGGUGGAGGUUCAGGUUCGAGUGGAGGUUCAAGUUCAAGUGGAGGUUCACCGCCCUCAUCAUCAUCACCACCUCCAAAGGACUCAUCACCUCCUCCAAGCGACUCAUCCUCCCCAAAAAACUCAAACGACGGCUCGUCAUCUUCAGGAAACUCAAACAGCUCAUCCCCGCCUUCCAACAACUCAUCCCCGCCUUCCGACAAGUCCUCUGGCGGCAACUCUUCCAACAACUCUAACAACUCCGGUGGCUCAUCCUCCUCCUCCAACAAUUCGAAUAACUCAAACAACUCGAACAAUUCGAAUAACUCAUCGCCUCCCAGCAACAACAACUCGAACAACUCACCGCCUUCCAACAACAACAACUCCGACAAUUCCAACAACAACAACUCCAACAAUUCCAACAACAACUCAAAUGACUCAAACAACCAAAACCAAAAGUCCCCUCCACAGUCCAAUUCUCAAAAGAGUCCUCCAUCGUCCUCCUCUAACAAUAACAAUAAUGGAGGGAAUCAGAACAAUAAUAACAAUAAUGGAGGGAAUCAGAACAACAACAACAAUGGCAACGGCAACAACAACCAAAACGACCAAAACAAUCAAAACAACAACAACAACCAAAACAACCAAAACAACCAUAAUAAUAACAACAAUAACUCUCACUCGCCACCCAAAUCAUCCAAUGGGAACAAUUGGUCACCAAAAUCGUCCAAUAAUUGGUCACCCCCAGCCGUAUCAGGCAAGUCCCAUCCAUCACCUGAUAAUGAUGGGUCGCCGCCGCCUUCGCACUCGAGUUCGAGCUCCACGCCCAUCAUCAUAGGAGUUGUAGCUGCGGCAGGGGUUUUGUUGCUUGUCAUGGUGUUUUUCUUCAUGGCGUGCUCUAAGAGGAGGAAGAAGAGACAGACUUCUUCUCACCUUAUGGAGAACCCUGAGCCAUAUAAUCCAAAUGGAAGUGACUAUUGGCAAAACACUGGACCUAAAAGUACCGAGCACGUUAUGAACAUGCCUCCUUCUGGCCGCGCACCCAAUGGAGGUUGGACUACAUCCACAGCUCCACCGCCACACAUGAUGAGCAGCGAAAUGAGUUCCUCCAACUUCUCCGGUCCACACGGUCCCCCCUUGCCGCCACCACACCCUAAUGUGGCUCUCGGGUUCAACAAGAGCACUUUCACCUAUGAUGAGAUGGCGGCUGCAACAUCAGGGUUUGCGCCAGCUAAGCUAAUAGGCCAAGGUGGUUUCGGGUACGUGCACAAAGGGGUGUUGCCGAACGGCAAGGAAAUAGCUGUGAAGAGCCUCAAAGCUGGUAGCGGACAAGGCGAUCGUGAAUUUGCAGCCGAGGUUGAGAUCAUUAGUCGUGUUCAUCAUCGCCACCUUGUGUCGCUUGUGGGGUACUGCCUUGAAGGAGAACGAAAGCUGUUGGUGUAUGAAUUUGUUCCUAACAACAACCUCGAAUUCCACCUCCACGGAACAAAUCGGCUACCUUUGGAAUGGGGCAACAGGGCCAAAAUUGCGUUGGGAUCGGCUAAAGGGCUUGCUUACUUGCACGAAGACUGUCACCCCAAGAUUAUCCACCGUGACAUUAAGGCUGCAAAUAUUCUGAUUGACUUUAGCUUCGAAGCUAAGGUGGCAGAUUUUGGGCUGGCAAAGCUGAACCAGGAAAAUGUCACCCAUGUAUCUACCCGUGUCAUGGGAACAUUUGGGUACUUGGCUCCUGAGUACGCAUCGAGUGGAAAGCUAACCGAGAAGUCCGACGUUUUCUCUUUCGGUAUUAUGCUCUUGGAGCUCAUCUGUGGACGCCGCCCUGUGGACUUGUCUGGAGAAUAUGAGGAGGAUACCUUAGUAGACUGGGCUAGGCCUCGCUGCCUGAAAGCAAUAGAUACUGGGGACUAUUCUGAAGUGUUGGAUCCAAGGCUAGAGAAAAAUUAUAACCAUGAAGAGGUGGCACGAAUGGUGGCAUGUGCUGCUGCGAGCGUUCGACACUCUGCGAAGAAGCGACCAAAAAUGAGCCAGAUUGUUCGUGCAUUAGAAGGCGAUGUCUCAAUGGAAGACUUGCACGAGGGGAUCAAAGGGCAGUUUGGCUCUGGCUCUACCAGCAUUGCUUCAUCUGAGUUUGAUGCUGACUCGUACAAUGCGAAAAUGAAGCCGUUCAGAAAGCCGGCACUGAUUGACAGCACAGACUACCCAAGCAGCGAAUACGGGCCCACAAGCGAGUACGGCCACAACUCCACCUCUGCAAGCAGCGAUCACUCCCAAGAGAUGGACAACAAGAAAGGGAUGAACCGGCCACAAGGUCCAGUUUGAGCAGCAAACAAUGAGCUGGAACAUGGACCGAACCGAGCGAACAAGAUAACCCAGAACUGGUUUUAUAACCUCUGGAGUACUAUAUUAUAGAAACAUAAAGAUUCUGCAGGUUAAUUAGUGUUAAAAUUAAGAUUGAUGAUGCAAAUAUUUGUGUGUAUCAUGUGAAAAAGUGAGAGACAAUAUUGUGUGUCACUCUUCCCUGCAGACAUUUUUGUAUUGGCCACGCAUGCACCUUACUGGUUACCAAGUAUACCUCUGAUUAAUUUCAGGUAGGUAAAGAUGGUGGUAGAUGCACAAUUGUGACAUUCAAUUAAACAUGGGGCACACCAAAUGAUGGAGGAGUUGUAAUUUUCUUUUUUUUUUUCUUUUUUUCUUUCUUAUGUUCUUUUGGGAAAUGGGUGAACCUAGCUAUGUGUGUUUGUAUGUACUUGCUACUAAUGUAAAACAAACAUGCAUUUGGAGGAAUUGGUAGCUCGUGUGUUUGUAUUUUCUAUAUUUUAUAUCUAAGUAUUAUUGUUAAGAA